UCAGCUCUUGCGGAGGUAGAGGAGUCUUGUCAGUCUUUCUUGGCUGUGCUGCGUGCACAUAUCUCCCGGCGUUGUUUCAGGAACUGAAGAAACACAUCGUCGUUCACGCGGUACUGCAAAAUGAAACGGGUUUGGGCGAUAGGUCUCCUCUUUGCACUCGUUGCAUUUGCUGCUGUGAAGGCAGAAGAUGAGCUGGACGUCGACGGGGUAGUGGAGGAGGACUUUGGUAAAAGCAGAGAUGCUUCCAGAACAGAUGAUGAGGUGGUACAGAGAGAGGAGGAGGCUAUCCAGCUGGAUGGUUUGAAUGCGGCUCAGAUAAAGGAAAUCAGAGAAAAGUCGGAAAAACAUGUCUUUCAGGCAGAAGUCAACCGAAUGAUGAAGCUAAUUAUCAACUCCCUUUACAAGAAUAAGGAGAUCUUUCUUAGGGAGCUCAUUUCCAACGCUUCAGAUGCUCUGGAUAAGAUCCGCUUGUUGUCUCUGACCAAUGACGAGGCAAUGGCCUCCAGCGAAGAGCUGACCAUCAAAAUAAAGUCUGAUAAGGAGAAGAACAUGCUUCACAUCACUGACACUGGCGUUGGAAUGACCAAAGAGGAUCUGGUGAAGAACUUGGGCACCAUUGCCAAGUCUGGCACCAGCGAGUUCCUCAACAAGAUGUCAGAUAUGCAGACUGAGGACCAAUCCACCUCCGAGCUUAUUGGCCAAUUUGGUGUGGGUUUCUACUCUGCUUUCCUCAUCGCCGACAAAGUCAUCGUGACGUCCAAACACAACAACGACACCCAGCACAUCUGGGAGUCCGACUCCAAUUUGUUCUCUGUCAUUGAGGACCCCCGCGGAGACACACUGGGCAGAGGAACCACCAUCACACUGGUCCUGAAAGAGGAGGCCUCCGACUAUCUCGAGCUGGAGACCAUUAAGAACCUAGUCAAGAAAUACUCCCAGUUCAUCAACUUUCCCAUCUACGUUUGGGCUAGCAAGACUGAGACGGUUGAGGAGCCCAUCGAGGAAGAUGCUGAAGCAACAGAGGAACCAGAGAAGGACGCUGCUGAGGAGGAGGCAGAGGUAGAGGAAGAAGAGGAGGAGGACAAAGAGAAGCCAAAGACUAAGAAGGUUGAGAAGACUGUGUGGGACUGGGAGCUGAUGAAUGACAUCAAGCCCAUCUGGCAGAGACCAGCCAAGGAGGUUGAGGAGGACGAGUACAAGGCUUUCUACAAGACGUUCUCCAAGGACUCUGAAGACCCUCUGGCCCACAUCCACUUCACGGCCGAGGGGGAGGUGACCUUCAGAUCCAUCCUGUUCAUACCCACGGCAGCACCCCGUGGCCUGUUUGACGAGUACGGCUCCAAGAAGAACGACUACAUCAAGCUGUUUGUGAGGAGAGUUUUCAUCACGGACGACUUCAACGACAUGAUGCCCAAGUACCUGAACUUUGUGAAGGGAGUGGUCGACUCUGAUGACCUUCCCCUGAAUGUGUCAAGAGAGACUCUGCAGCAACACAAACUGCUCAAGGUUAUCCGCAAGAAGCUGGUGCGCAAGUCUUUGGACAUGAUCAAGAAGAUUGCUGAGGCGCAGUACAACGAAAAGUUCUGGAAGGAGUUCGGAACCAACAUCAAGCUGGGCGUCAUUGAGGAUCACUCCAACAGGACCCGUCUGGCCAAGCUGCUGCGCUUCCAGACAUCCAACAGCGACACGGAGGUGGCCAGCCUGGAGCAGUAUGUGGAGCGCAUGAAGGAGAAGCAGGACAAGAUCUACUUCAUGGCUGGUACCAGCAGGAAGGAGGCCGAGUCUUCUCCCUUCGUGGAGCGGCUGCUGAAGAAGGGCUACGAGGUGAUCUACCUGACGGAGCCGGUGGACGAGUACUGCAUCCAGGCACUGCCCGAGUUUGACGGAAAACGCUUCCAGAACGUUGCAAAGGAGGGUGUGAAAUUUGACGAGAGCGACAAGACCAAGGAGAAGAGGGAGGCCCUGGAGAAGGAGUACGAGCCUCUCACCACCUGGCUGAAGGACAAGGCCCUGAAGGACAUGAUCGAGAAGGCCGUCGUCUCUCAGAGGCUGACAAACUCCCCCUGCGCGCUGGUCGCCAGUCAGUACGGCUGGUCAGGAAACAUGGAGAGGAUCAUGAAGGCACAGGCUUACCAGACCGGAAAAGACAUUUCCACAAACUAUUACGCCAGCCAGAAGAAAACCUUAGAAAUCAACCCCAAACAUCCUCUGAUCAAGAAGAUGCUCAACACAGUCAAAGACGAGUCCGAGGACCAGACUGCGUCGGAUCUGGCGGUGGUCCUGUUUGAGACGGCCACGCUGCGCUCCGGCUACCAGCUGGCUGACACGAAGGCCUACGGCGAGCGGAUAGAGCGCAUGCUGCGACUCAGCAUGAACGUAGCUCUGGAAGAACAGAUUGAGGAGGAGCCGGAGGAGGAGCCGGAGGAGGAGCCGGAGGAGGAGGAUCCAGCGGAAGACGACUCUGACGAUAAAGAUGAAAUCGUAGACGACGACGACGAAGAGGAAACGGUGACCGGUUUUGUCCACAUUCAUAGACUGAUAAUAGGAAUGAGUAUAGAAAUCCCCGAAGGACUGACGGAGCUGUUGCAGAGCUUUACCGUGGAAGUGUUGAGGAAUCAGCCCAGGGAUUUGCUCGAGUUCGCGUUGCAGUAUUUCACCCAGCUGAAGGAACGUCAGACCACACAGGCCGCAUUCGGCAAUGAGCAAAACUCGGCGCCAAGACCCGGGAAAGCGGUCAAUUUCAUUGACGAAGCCAUGCAGAUCGAUUCGGAAAACGGAGAAGAGGAGGAGGACGACGACGACGACGAGGACGACGAGGAAUUCAUAGCCCCGGUGAUUAACAGAUUCAUCAGAAGAGCGUCAGUUUGUGCUGAAGCGUUCAAUCCCGAUGACGACGAUGAGGAUAAAGAGCCAUGGGUCAUCCACCCCAAAACCGAUGACCAGAGACAGAGACUACAGGAAGCCUGUUGGGACAUUAUUCUCUUCAAGAAUUUGGAUCCGGAAGAGAUGUCUCAGGUGCUGGAUGCUAUGUUUGAGAAGUUCUGCACCGAAGGGGAGCACAUCAUCGAUCAAGACGAUGAUGGAGACAACUUUUAUGUCAUCGAAAGCGGGACGUUUAACAUCUUCGUGAAGGUUGACGGCUCGGACAAGCUGGUAGGCUGCUAUGACAACCGAGGCAGCUUCGGAGAACUGGCGCUGAUGUACAACACCCCCAGGGCGGCCACAAUAACUGCCACCUCUCCUGGAGCCCUUUGGUGCCUGGAUCGUCUGACAUUCCGGAGGAUUAUAGUAAAGAAUAAUGCCAAGAAAAGGAGGCUGUAUGAGGCGUUCAUUGAAACGCUACCACUGCUUACAUCUUUAGAGCUCUCAGAGAGAAUGAAGGUAGUGGACGUCAUAUCCACCAAGAUUUACAGCGAUUCGCAGCAGAUUAUCGCUCAGGGUGAUUUAGCGGAUUGCUUCUACAUUGUUGAGUCUGGCCAAGUUAGAAUCACCAUGAAAAGAAGCAGGACGAAAAAAGACCAGGAGGAUGAGGAGAUGGAUAUUGCCACGUGCAUGAGGGGCCAGUAUUUUGGGGAGCUAGCGCUGGUCACAAACAAGCCCAGAGCUGCAUCAGCAUAUGCAGUGGGAAGCGUCAAAUGUUUAGCCAUGGACGUCCAAGCCUUUGAGAGAUUGCUGGGCCCUUGCAUGGACAUCAUGAAGAGAAACAUAGCUAACUAUGAGGAGCAGCUGGUGACCCUGUUUGGGAGUAGCACUGAGAUUGAGCAACAAAGUGCGUGAGACAGCUCCAAAGGACCAUGAAUCGGUGGAUGAAAGAAACGAGGCUUGUAUGGAUGUUUGUCCCCGUAUUCACUUAAACGGCUUUUUCUUACACAUGUGAAUAUCCACUAUAACAUUUGGGUGUCUGAUGAAUAAAAUAGAGUACGCCAGAAUCCCGUUUGAGACCAUAGGUUCAUUUUAGCAGACUUUCGCCAGAUUGCGUUACAGUGGAAGUAAAGAGUGCAUAAAGCUCGUUUGGAUUUGAGUUUUCACGGCUGCCACCUAAAAAAUGUAAGCAGAUAUUUUACUCUUCAAUGUCGGAUGCAUUCAUUGUUUGUAUAUUAAACCCUUUUGUUAACGCUCACCUUUUUCACCUUUUUCUCCAGUGUUAAUUACACCUACAGUAUAAUAUUGUUUGUAAAUUUCUAAACAUUGUUUGUUGAAAAAUCAGAUGCCAAAGCUAAUUUACUUACUGCAUAAUUGUGAGCCAAUAUGUCCCAAUCUCUUGUCAUUUCGGGAAGAGCAUUAACAUUGGCGGCAUGGGUACAAAAGUGCCCCAACAAUAAAAGGAUUAACAAUUUGUUUAAAAGUUGAUUUGGCGACAUACACCGGAUUCUGAUCACAGCAGAAUGUAGACUUGGUAGUACUGUAUCUGUAUCUGUUUGUCAUACAUUUUAAUCCCUUGAACACAUGUUCACUGUCUGUAUAUCAUUGGUAAGUGUGUUUGUGGCUGUUAGCCUAAUACUAUGCUUUUGCAAAAAAACUAACUUCAGAGAGAUAGUUAAUAGUUUUGUAUGAACACAUUGCUGUACAAUUUCAAACUGAAUAUUUACGAUUGUUAUAUAGGCCCAGCUUUGAUUUGAUAAGUUGCCCCAUUAAACUGUAGUCAUUAUAGGCAGUGUGAUGAAACUAUUGAUUUUCCUGUGUUUUAAUGUGAAACUUCAGUCAAAUUGUUUUUGUGUUGGUGAAACAUACAUUAGGAUUAUACACCCAUUAUUUCUGUCUACCUCUGCCAACAACAUAUACUGUUUGGAUACGCAUAUUUUGAUGUUUCCUCUAAACAGGAAUCUAAAGUGGGUCUUCUCUGUAUCUCUUCUCUAUCUUUUUAAGAUUAAUAAUUGAAGUCUUCUGUAUUUUGUCUGUGGUUUACUGCAGCUUACACUGGUAGAGCUGGUUUAACAUUUAAACACGUAAUUUAGUCCACCCCUUGUGCAGGUAGAGGUGGUAACUUUUGAAGGCAAACUCAUAAUACUGGAUGACUGGAAGUACUGUAUGUUUCACUUUUCAUGUCAAUAAAGAACAUUUUUAUA